AUGGAUCUCUGGAUGCACAGAAUGGAGGCGUCGCAAGCACGCAUGGAUGAAGACGAACGCAUGCGCGGCACGCAAGAGAGUGAGUUGUAUCGAUCAAAUAAUGGGGCGGAGCUCGCAGGGAAACUCCACUAUAGUUCUUUGGAGCUUAUGGCCUUGCACGAUCGGCAUUUUAGCAGCAAGCGCGGCGCGCAACAGAAUGGCUCGAAGAUUUAG